CAGCAGCAGCAGCAGCAGCAACAUCUCACCAAAGCACAACAUCCGAACAACAGCCACAAUCACGAUAUAAUAUGAAUGCCAUUAGACAUCAAGACUGGGAUCCUUCUUUUAUUCAGCUGAUGAAAAAUAUACUUUGUCAUCUUUUAGAGGAUAGUGAAUUACCUCGGCAAGACUGGGAAGAAAUUAUGAUGAAACUCUUAUUAGUAAUCACAGAUGAAGUUCAACCUCAGUUACGCAUUCGGGAUACAUUCAAUAUGAACCAUUACAUUAAAAUUAAAAAAGUACCUGGAGGAUUACCUACUGAUAGUUAUUCCAUUAAUGGGGUAGUGCUAUCAAAAACUGUAGCCCAUAAAGGAAUGAUACGAAAGAUAAAAAAUCCCGUAAUCUUGAUCUUGAAUUUUGAAUUAGAUGCUACAACUUUACUUGAAAGUCAAGAGUAUCUCAGAUUUGAACGUCUGUUAGCUUGGGAACGAGAUCAUAUGAAUGCUUUAGUGUCAGAGAUUAUCAAUCUCAAGCCCCAUAUUGUAUUGGUGGCAUCUCAUGUACCCCAUACAAUUAUCGAACGUCUUAAUAACGCUAAGAUUGCAGUUGCUUACAACAUUAAGAGAGAGAAGUUAGAUGCCAUUGCGCGUUGUACAGAUGCAACUGUCUUUAAUUACAAAAAUGAGUUGUGGAAUGCAAAGACAAUUACAGUAAGUCAAUGUGGCCUUUUUGAACCUCUAACAAUUUUGCAUGAAUUUUUACCAAAUCGACGCAAAACAUUUUUAAUUUUUCGCGAGUGUCCAAAGGAGCGCGGAGCAACGAUUAUAUUGCGAGGAGGUGAUCUGAAGACAUUGGAGACUGUAAAGUUAAUUAUGAAGUUUAUGGUGAAUGUCGUUAAUAAUAUCAAUAUUGAAGCACAACUAAGAAAAGAGUUUAUUGGGUUGCGUAGUUAUAAUAAUCGUAUUAUGUCAGCAGAUGAUGACAAUAAUGAUGACACUAAUACUUUGGAAGCAACGCCGAUAAAUUCUGAUGCCUUAAAUAUAGUUAAUAAUCGACCUACAACUGUCUCCUCUUAUCAUGGUGAAAGUGUUACUUUAUCAGAUAAUAUGCUUUAUUUAGAAACUCAAAGUAUUUCUGCAUUAUCUGUAGCUGAAUCUCAAGUAACGGUAAAUACAGUAGAUAAAAAAAGAACACAUUACCACCAGCAAACGACAACUGUCAUUGUAGAUGAUGACGAUAUUUGUCUAACAGCUGUUAAUGCGGUCCUGAAACAGUAUCAAACAACAACGCUAUCCAUGUCACUUGGUGUAACCUUGCCUGUACCUCAUCUUUUGCUUAAAUUGCGUGAGACUCAGAAACGUUUAAUUGGUUUGAUUCGUGAGCGAUUAGGUGCCACUAUUACAGGUACCAAUCUCGCUAAUGAAAGUAGCUAUCAUGAAGAGAAAGAUAGUAAACUAUCGAAUCAUACGGUGAAUCCAGAUCACCCAAUACAAAAUGAAAAUAAGAAUAAAAGUAAUUAUACAUCACCUACUAUACCGCCCAUACCUACAGAUCUCAUUUAUAUGCAGGAUUAUCUAAAAUCUUUUGAUGCCUACUUGGAACACGACCUUGAAUAUCGUCAUUAUCAAGAUUUACAUUUACAAUGUUGGCUUAUGUAUAAAAAAUAUAUAGGCUUUAUUCCACUUCAGCUAUCACCUAUUUAUCAUCAGCGGAUUAUUGUGUAUCGGACUAUUAAUCCUAUGGAUGAUCAUACAAUUCCUUGUGAGAAGGCUGUCUUAGACCCAUAUGAAUAUUAUAACCCCCUGUGUGAUUGUACGUUAGGUCAGUACAUUCUUAACUCAGUAAAAGAAGCGUAUUAUACUUGUAGUUCUCAAAUCUGCGGUGGACCUCUGAUCUUUCAUGAUCGUACGUAUUCACACGGUAACGCACAAAUUAAGGUACAAAUGUUUGUUGAAGAAGACAACGAUGACGAAAUUGAUAUCAGUCGUGAUGAAUACUUGAACAAGAUACCAAUACUAAUUUGUACGCAUUGUAAUAUUUGCAAUAUCACACAUAAAUGGAAGCCUAUACCAGAACUACUUGCUCGAUAUUCAUUCGGUAAAUUCUUAGAGCUCUUGUUUUAUCAAUCAGAACCUAUAGCUGUUGAUGAGGGUUGUCCCCACGGUUUUUAUCGUGACCACAGCAUUUCAUUUCGCAUUCAAAACUUGUCGGUUAACUUUACGCAUCACAAAGUUAAAGUUGUUGAUGUUUUCCCACCUCAAUUACACUUGAAGUUUAGUUCCAAGCAGCAGAGAGAUAUUAAGGACGCUGCGCUGGAAUCAACGCGGUCAAAGAUUGCAAAAUUUUUUGAUUCUAUAAUAGAGCGCAAUAAAUCCUUCUCCUAUGAUAUUGUACAUCCUAACAUCAUUGAUCUCUGCAAAGAAUAUCUAAAGGAACUUUCACAAGAAGCUCUUAAAAAUAAAAAGCAUUUAUUACAAAAGUUACAAAUGGAAUAUGCCACAAGCGCACCUACUGAUACAUUACAACUUAAUAAUGUGUUAGCUGAUUUGCAAAAUCAUGCAGUAGCAUGGGAUCUUAAAUACAUAGCAUUUGCACGACGAUUUAUAAGACCUGAACGUGAGCUGAGACGCUUGACCACAAAUCAUUUACGAAAGAUGUUUCCCGCUGAAAAUCUUGAUAACACAAAUGUUUCGACAAAUUUGGAUUUAAGAACGAAAAAAGCUAUAGAAGCAGUUGAUUUACCACUUUUAGAUGUUGGCUUGUUUGAUAAUGAUGAAAACAGUGAUGAUACGACUAUCAAUAACUUACUACAAAAACCUAUAUUGAGUGAAUCACCUACUACUACCGAAUUGUAUCCAUGGUUUCAUGAAGAGAAACGUUUUGAUCAAAUGUUUUUACAACAUGAGAAAGAUCUUGAUAGCAUAGGGGACAAUAAUAUAAAGAAUAGCUCAGAAUCGCCACCUAAAAUAAAUCUUUUAUUAGAAGAAGAUGCAUCUCGUGACUUAGAUCCAAGUGUCGCUCGUCGAUUAUCUCUUGAACUUAUGAAGGAUUCACCUAAUAAAAAGAAAAUAGUAGAGAAGAAAAUACAAGAGGAGAAAAGCCAGAAAUACCUAGAAGAAUCGAAAAUUAUAGAAACCGACAACACACCCGCAUCAUCUGUAAACUCUACACCGUUACCAUCUCCAAUGGCUCUAAAUCAACAGCAAUUAAUUGUUCGUAAUAAUAUCAAACCUAUCUUUUCAUCGGCUGCAUAUAAGCGAUUUGCUGAGCUAUUGCCACCAGAUCCUCUUAUAACUAAAUCUAAGAACUCAUCACAAACUGUUCAAAAAAAAAUGAACAGUAAAUUGAGUACACAUAGCUAUCAUAAGGCCAAGCAAUAUUUUGAAGCUUCUACAGCAAAUAACACAUUUGGAAAUAAUACCUUUGAUACAAAAAUACAACAGCAACAACCACAACAGCGGCAAUCACAGCAGCAGCAGCAGCAGCAGCAACAGCAGACUUCUAUUACGAAGCCUAAUGCAUAUCGUGGAUCACCUUAUUCAGCAAAAAUUCAAGAUCGACCACCUAUCGCAUAUAGGUACGGAUUUAUGGGAAGUUUAGCAGACAUGUAUCCUCUAGGAGAAAAGCGACUGGGAGUAGUUAAUAUCACACAUCCCAUUAGUAGUAAGCUUGCAGCUUCCAAGGGCAAUCCUCUUGUACAGACAACAAAUCAAGAGUUAUCAAUUAUUCGACCCAGAUCACGUACUAUGGCAAUUGUAGAUGGAAGUGUGUCUAAUAGUAAUAGUAGUAAAAUAUCAGUUUUGGGGCAACAAUUAUCUAGUAUAAACCGUAACAGUGUAUUACCAGAAACACAACAUGAGACAACAAGCUUGGUGAAAUAUGUGAGUACCAGAGAAUAUAUAAUAAAAACACGUAAUAAUCUCUCAGAUAAUAAAAUCACGCGUACAAUACGACAACGGCUACCAAGUAAGGCAUCGCUUGAACCAUAUACAAAAAUUAAAGAGGUUAUGCAUGAAGAAUCUUCUUCAGAUGACGACGAUGAUGCUUUAUUAGAUGGACCAGUUUCUGUUGAACAUGAUGAACCAUCAACAUUUGGACAUAAAGCAUUUUCACUAUUUCAUAUGGACGAAUACGAUGAAUGUCUAGGUCGAGAAAUAGUCCCAAGUAUCUUAGAGCUUCAGGAAUUCGAAGAGGAGCAUAAGGUACAGAUGGCCAAUAAUACACUGCCAUUCUUAAGUUUAGAGUCUGGCAUAGUAAUUGGGAAUAAGAAAGAUUUAUUGACGCCAAAAGGAACGGAUAUGCCGUUAGAGAAUUUGACUUUAGAGAGUGGUUCAUCUAGUUUUGAUUGGUCAACGAAUAGUAGUGGAAGGAAUUCAAUUAUGAAAGCAAUUACCUAUGUCUUAGCAGAGAAAAGCAUAAGUAAUUUAGCGCCACUUGAAUACCCUUUUUCUCCGAAUGAGCAUAUAUUCGCGGAUUCAAAUAUAUUAGUACGAGAAGACGAGCCUAGCAGUAUUAUUUCUUAUAUGCUUGGUAGUGCUUUAUAUAACGAAAAACUCCAACACAAACAACAACUACGUAUGUCAAAUGUAUCAAAUCAAAACCCAUUUUAUUUAGAAAUGUUUCCUGAUGAAACAUCGCAGCCUUGGAGAUUUGCUUUUGAAGGAGGAUCAACAAACUUUUCGUGUAAAAUAUAUUUUGCAGAACAGUUUGAUAUGCUUCGAAAGAGCUGUGGGUGUGAUGAAAUUUUUAUCUCAUCUUUGGCUCGAUGCACAACUUACGAUGCCUCAGGAGGGAAAUCUGGAUCGAUUUUUUUGAAAACAAAAGAUGAGCGAUUUUUGAUUAAGCAAAUAUCAAAGUAUGAGAUGGAUGCUUUUUCGGGUUCUGCCAAUAAAUACUUUAUAUAUAUGUUUAAUGAAGUUUUUGAUAAAGGAAUUCCUACUGUUUUAUGUAAGAUCUUUGGACUUUAUCGUAUUGGUUUCUAUAAUAAUGCAAGUGGAAAAUCAAUGAAGAUGGAUAUUCUAGUAAUGGAAAACUUAUUUUACGACAUACCAAUAAAACAGGUUUUUGAUUUAAAAGGAUCUAUGAGAAAUAGAUAUGCAGAAAAAACAGGAAAAGAUGUUGAAGUAUUUUUAGACGAAAAUUUAGUAGAAAUUAUCAGUAAAACGCCACUUUAUAUGAAAGUUGAUACUAAAUAUAAUUUAUCAAAUUCAUUAUAUAAUGAUACACAGUUCCUAUUAUCGUUGGAUGUAAUGGAUUAUUCGCUUUUAGUAGGGUUUGUUGAAGAUUCAGAUGAAAUUGUAGUUGGUAUCGUUGAUUUUAUUCGAACUUUUACCUGGGAUAAGAAGUUGGAAAGUUGGGUUAAGGAAUCUGGUAUGCUUGGUGGAGGUAAAAAAGACCCCACUAUUGUGUCUCCAAAGAUGUAUCGUAAACGCUUUAGAUCUGCUAUUGAUCUUUAUUUUUGCAUGAUACCUGAUUUUUGGACCCCCUUAUGAAGAGAGAGAGGAAAUAGAGAUAUAUAUAACAUAUAUUCAUGUUAAUUUAUUAUGUACAAAUGAG